UAUAAAAAGUAGCAGCAGCGGGCACAAUUCAUUGGGUAAGGCUAGGUAGUCACUUGCCAUCAGAUUGUGGUAUUCUGUUCCAGCAUACCAGCAGAAUACCAGAAUCGCCAGAUGCCAAACACUGCUGACACCUGCCGGAUCCCAUUCACAAUAAUGCGGUCAUUCAAGAUUGUUUUGCCUUUUGUUUUUGCUAGAAUCUGCAAUGGAGGCUUCUGCUGGAACCUCUGCAGUAGAUGUGCACAUACCCUAAGGGGUGCGAUGGGUCACUCACGAGGGGGCCCAAUUCAGAUUCUUGCCAGUGAUUUCUAUGUACGCCCCUGCGCUUAACCCUCUCCUCCCUGAGCUGACAGAAACCUCUCUCAGCUGCAGACCUCUCCCUCUUUCCCCACAGCAGAGCCUCUCAAACCCUUCAUUAACCCUCUCCUGCACUUGCGAGUUAUUCAGCUAAUUCCUGGCUAUUAACCCAUGUUAUUUCACAUGCAAAACAUCACUCCCCUCAGCCCCCUUUAAUAUACAGUCCCAUGUAAAAUGCACCAAUUCCCUCCAUUCAGCCCCCUCCUACAUGCAUCCAUUGCUCUCUCCUCUGCUGCUGCUUCCUGAUUCUAGGAGGCUCUGCCCCUUCCCACGAUAUCAUACUUACCAGGAACAGCUCUGCUCAAGACGUGACGGCACGUGGACACCAAGAUUCGCCAUGGCAAAUGAAGCACAGCCUUGCCCUUGUGAGCUUGGGGAUCAGUUUGACCAUAAGAAUCUUGGAAAUGAGAUUCAGAUUGAACAUAUAAAAGCUUACAUCUCCAAACCAAAAACAAGCACCGAUAAAGCCAUAAUUGUGAUCCAAGAUAUUUAUGGAUGGGAGCUUUCCAACACAAGAUACAUGGCUGAUCUGCUUGCUUCACACGGAUACAUUGCUGUCGUACCUGACUUUUUUGUGGGAAAGGAACCAUGGAACCCAUCCUAUGAUCGUGCAAAAAUGUUUAAAUGGCUUGAAACGCGACCAGCCAAUAAAGCAUACAGGGAGGCCGAGGCUGUGCUGAGAUAUUUAAAGGAGCAGUGUAAAGCAAAAAGUAUUGGAGUGAUUGGAUUUUGCUGGGGUGGCAUUGUAACCCAUUAUCUCAUGCUAAAAUAUCCUGAACUAAAGGCUGGAGUGGCAUUUUAUGGUUUAGUCCGGGAAGAAGGUGAUAACUAUAAUUUGCUUAAUCCAACGCUGUUCAUUUUUGCUGAGAAUGAUCCCAUCAUACCACUAGAACAGGUAAGAUCUCUGGAUGAAAAACUUAAAGAGCAUUCCAAGGUUGACUAUAAAGUUAAGGUCUAUCCAAAGCAAACUCAUGGGUUUGCCCAUCGGAAGAAAGAGGAGAUCAACCCUGAUGACAAGCCAUACAUUCUAGAAGCAAGGAAGGACAUGCUUGAGUGGCUGAAGAAAUAUGUAAACUAAUUCACCAGAAUGUUGCCAGAUGUAUUACAUUAAUAUAAUUUUUUUAAUGAGAUCUUUAAAAUUAUAACAUUAAAGAAAAGUUUGUCAAAUUGACAGCAAUUAAACUCACCUUGCUUGCA